AUUCAUUUUCGCAACCGUACCCGUCCCCCGGAGAUAGACUAUAUGUAUAUAUAUCUGAUAAUUCCUUCACUAGUGCAUUCUACAAUUGAGAAAAAGUUUUAAAAUGAAGUCACUUGCAAUGCCCGGGUUGGAUAUUAACAAUGCCAUGAAAACUUCUUUAAUUCCAGGCAUACCAAUAGAAAGUACAAGACAAAACUACGAUCAUCUGAAUAUUAUGAGUUUGCAAUCUAGUUCAAAUAGCAUACUAAAUUCAACGCCGUCGCCCAAGUCUAAGCCAAAAGUCAGAAUUGAAAGAACAGAUUCGCCUCAGUCGGCUACUAGCACCACUUCUAAUGACAAACUGAUGAUUGAUAUAUUUAAUGUUCUUGGCAUUAAUAUUGAAAAUCGUGGCUGGCCGUAUGAUGCUAAUACCCUUCAAGAAUUAAUCCGAUUCAGAGGUGAACAAGAGAAAACAAGACAGGAGAUGCUUAAGAAUCAAAAUAUCACUCUUGCACUUGAAUUAUUGAAGUUAGCUCAAGAAAUGAACAUAAGUAACGACGUUAUUCCUUGUUUGUUUACAUCGGACUCCCUUGUCAUGGAACAUAAUUUAAAUCAAUUACAACGGUUCAAUGAUGUUCCCAAUGGAAGAACAACAAGGAAGAGAACUUAUUCAGAUACACAAUUAUCCCACAUGGUAAAACAAAAGGAGGAUAUUCUUAAACACAAAUCACACGGGCUGCUGCCCAUUUCCAAGAAGGAAUUAUUGCCGAGUCCUAACAAGGAAAAGCCUACAUUAUUACCACCAAUUCCAAUUCCCAGUAGGAAGGAGCAAUCGUUAUCACAAGAACCACAAUCAUCACGUCCCAUUCAAGAAACUUCAGGCCAGUAUCUGCCUAAAUUUAUCCCACAACCACCUGUAUACCCUAGAUACUAUAAUCCUCAACCAGACAAUACUAUACCAAGUGGCAACCCAGGAUCUCCUGGCUUCCGUCCCUACAUAUACCCUACACCUGUACAAUACCCACCUCCACAAUAUUAUUUUGUUCCUUCAAGCACACAACCAGUGCCACCAUACUUGAUGAACUUACCUAUUCCAUUACAAAAGACACCACCAAUGCAAGCAUUACACUCUCCUGAAAGUAUCAAAUCACAAAAGGAUGACGCGCCUGUUAAAAAAAGAAGGAAUACCGGGAUAAAUUUCAUGAUCAGUACUCCGACUAACCCGCCAGCUAGAAAGUACAAUAAUCCAAAAGUCAAAUAAAUCACAUGUUCACGCAACUGAAGGGAUAUAUUUAUUUUUAUUUUUCUAAAUUUCACAUUGAUGAUCUUGGCAAAGUGGUAGUUUUUUUUUAAAAGAAAAACUUGACUCUGAGCUUUCGACUUUUUCUAUAUGCAUUUACAGGGAAACCUAUUUAUGACUGAUUUUUGGUUUUUGCUUUCAUAGGUUUCUUGUCUAUUCUUUUUAUAGCUCGCUGUAUUAAUUAAAGCCAAAUGGAAACCAGAGGUAAAGGUAUCUGUGCUUCCAGGAAUAAACAAUCUUACACAAAAAAAAGACUCAACAAACAAUCUAACAUAUGUAACUAAUUUCGUUAUCUUUCUAAUAAGUUCUAUCCAGAGAGAG